UUUGAAUCAGACCACAGGGUCAAAAAUGUAAUUAUACAGCGAGGCUCAUGUUUGAAAAAAUUUUCAAUACAAAAGCAGGAGAAAUAGAGAGAUCGAUCGAGAAAGACAACAAUCAAACUACGAUAGAUGGAUUUGCUAGAUUCCAAAGAGAAACAGGAUGACGAGAUUCCAAAGACUGUGAACGAAGAAGAAGAAGAUUUGUCUGUGCUUUCAGCCUUUCUUCUUCGUAGCAGCCAGAUCUUCUCGGCAGCUCUGAACGCGGCCAUAGAACUGAACUUGUUCGACAUCAUCGCCGAGGAAGGAGGAGGAAGACGCGUGUCAGCUUCUGAGGUGGCUUCUCGGCUUCCAAGUUCAUCUCAACACAGAGACUUGGCUCUCAGAAUCGAUCGGCUCUUGAGGCUUCUCGCGAGUCACUCCCUUCUGAGUUGUUCGGUUCGUGAGAACGAAGACGGUGACACUGAGAGAGUUUAUGCAAUUUCUUCCAUUGGCAAGCACCUUGUGAGUGGAUCCUUGGGAUUCGUACCAAUCUUCUCUCAUCCUGCACUCAUGCAAGCUUGGGUCAACUUUAAGGAUGCAAUAAUAGACGAAGACAAUGACUUGUUCAAGAAAAUUCAUGGAAUGCCAAUGUACCAAUACGCAAAGACAGAUCCAACAUGGAACAAAACUUUCAACAAAGCAAUGGCCAACGUUUGCAAUAUAGAGAUGAGAAGGAUAUUGGAAAUAUACAAAGGAUUUGAGGGAAUAUCAACACUUGUUGAUGUUGGAGGUGGAACUGGUCAAAACCUUAAAAUGAUUGUCUCUAAGUAUCCUUCAAUUAAGGGCAUCAAUUUUGAUCUGCCCCAAGUCAUUCAAAAUGCACCAUCCCUUCAAGGGAUUGAGCAUGUUGGGGGAGAUAUGUUUGAAAGUGUUCCAAAAGGUGAUGCCAUAAUAUUAAAGGCGGUAUGUCACAAUUGGUCAGAUGAAAAUAGCAUAAAAGUGUUGAAGAAAUGUCAUGAAGCAUUACCAGAAAAAGGGAAGGUGAUAGUGGUGGAGUUUAUAAUGCCAGAAGCAAUUAGGGAAACAGAAGAAGCCAAGUAUGUAUCAAUCUUGGACACUCUCAUGUUCCUUCAUGAUGGAAGAGAAAGAACUGAAAAAGAGUUUCAGUCUCUUUGCUUACGUUCUGGAUUUUCAAGCUUCAGUGUUGCUUCUCGUGCUUUCUCUGUCCUAGGAGUCAUGGAAUUUUGCAAAUAAACGUUAACUAGAUCUGGUGCCCAUCCUCUGUAUGUGCAAAACAUGAUACUAGAUGUCAUGUUAAGGGAUCACUUUCAAAUAAUGAUUCAAACAUUUAUGAGUAUAAAAAUUUUAGUUACAACUUAUGAGACCUAAUCA